CCUUAGCCGGUUCCACGUUCUUGUUCAAUACUGAGGGCAGAGAACUAACUGGUGGAGCCUUUCUCUUCUCCCAGAGGACUUCAGCACCUGGACAGCUUCUUUGGAAAAGAAAGCUCCCACGAACAUUACUUGGAGGCACAGAGAUGGAAGCCAGAAGUAAGCCCCAGCUGCUGGUGCUGCUGACCCUUUGCAGUGUGCUGUUCUCACAAACGCUGGCAUGGCCUCUCUUUGGAGCACCCUCUGCUCUGAGAAUGCCAUUUGAAGGACCAGAUGAACCUGAUCAAGGUUCAUUAAAAGCAGACACCGACAUUUUGCAAAAUGCAUUAGCUGAAAGUGACACACCCUAUUAUGAUGUGUCCAGAAAUGCCCGACAUGCUGAUGGAGUUUUCACCAGUGACUAUAGUAGACUCUUGGGUCAACUUUCUGCCAAAAAAUAUCUUGAGUCCCUCAUUGGAAAACGAGUUAGCAAUAACCUCUCAGAAGACCUUGCACCAAUCAAACGUCACUCGGAUGCCGUCUUCACCGACAACUACACCCGCCUUAGAAAACAAAUGGCUGUAAAGAAAUACUUGAACUCGAUUCUGAAUGGAAAGAGGAGCAGUGAGGGAGAAUCUCCUGACUUUCCUGAAGAGUUUGAAAAAUGAUGAAAAAGCUCUUUAGAGCAAAGCUGCUGAUGACUUCCCAGUGAAUUCUUGAAGGAAGAUGAUAAAGUAAUUAUAUUUUGAGUUCUACAUAAGUAAUUCAAGAAAACAACUUCAAUAUCAAAACCAAAUAAAAUAUAUUGUGUUGUGAAUGCUGUGGUUUAUUUUCCUCCAGUGUAAUAACUGUGAUGUUUACAUUGUAAAUAUUAUUUGAGAGUUCUAAAAAUUUUGUCUUUAACACUCAUGAAAUCUUGUAAUUUCAUAUGCUGUGUAUCCUUUAUAACAAAAAUAUAUUUAAUGAUAAGUAAAUAUUAGGUUAUUUCCAAUUAUAUGAGACUUUUGGGAAGGGUGGUGAUAGAGCAAAAUCAAUGUGUUUAUUUAUAGAGUUGCGUAACCUUUCAGAAAAGUUGAGCAAAUAAUCAGUGCAUCUAAAUUUGAAUAUUAAGCAAACAGAAUACUGUGUUAAAUAAACCUCAAAAUGUCUAAUAUCAAGAACAAAGAGGAAAAGUUGUCUUCAAAAAAGAUUGUCACAGAGUGUUGUUUUUCCACAUUUUUAGGCUACCUUUACUUUGAAUGAGAUUAGAAAUCUCUCAAAUUUGUAUCUCAAAUUGCCAAAGGCUCUAUUCUGAGUUUGUAUUUCAAUUAAGGAAAAUGGCCCCUAGUUCUGGCAUGUGGAUCUUCCCUUUAUGUUUGUGUUAUUUAAAGAUAUGUAAAGUGAAAACCAAAUGGAAAGCUUGUUUUUGAGUA